UUUGAAAAAAAAAAAAAAAAAAAAAAGGGGGAAAGCAGCUUGCUUUGUUCGUCGAUGCUUAGCAGUGGAGCUCGCACCUUCCCUAACCGAAACCCUUGUAGAACUAUAAGCUCAAUCGCCUCUACUUUCAGUUUCAGAAGCCUAAAUUCGUCUGGGAUUAAACUCUCGGAGACUUAUUCAUCAAUCCGCUUUGGCUUGGAACAAAGAGAAACCGCUCGUAUCCAACAGAACUCCUGCUUCUCGAGCUCUUCCUACAGCAGAGGAGGAUCAAUAACUGCUAGGGUUUAUAUGGCAUCUAACGGCGGAGUAGGUAGACAUGGCGUAUCUCAUUUCGCUUUGUCUCCGACCUCUGUUCUUAAGAUCCACAAAGGAGAUGUCACUCAGUGGUUCGUUGAUGGGGCUUCCGAUGCGAUUGUAAAUGCAGCUAAUGAGCGAAUGCUUGGGGGUGGUGGUGUUGAUGGAGCUAUACAUAGAGCUGCUGGUCCAGAACUACGAGCAGCCUGCUAUGAAGUCCCCGAGGUCCGACCUAAAGUUCGCUGCCCUACUGGAGAAGCAAGGAUUACCCCAGCUUUUAGGCUUCCUGUAUCUCAUGUAAUUCACACUGUUGGACCAAUCUAUGAUGAGGAUGAUCACCCAGAGCUUUCUCUGAGAAAUGCUUACAGAAAUUCUUUAAGGCUUGCAAAAGAAAACAACAUCCAGUUUAUUGCAUUUCCUGCCAUAUCUUGUGGUGUUUACUGCUAUCCUUAUCAAGAGGCUGCCACAAUAGCUUUAUCUGUGGCAAAAGAGUUCGCAAAUGAUUUCAAGGAGGUGCAUUUUGUUCUCUUCUCUGAUGAUAUUCACAAAGUCUGGCUGGACAAAGCAAACGAAUUGCUUUAAGCUUCAUUUCUAUGCUACUUCUGCUGUUCCUAGGGUUGUAAAAGGAUCUCUUUAGUCUUAUAGUAAACAUUGAGGAUGUAAACCCACUCUCGACACUGAAAUGUAAAACUUGGCGUUACUGCCAAUAUGUUACUUUCCAACAGCAUUGUAAAUGAUAAAUUGAUGCUGAAUGUUAUGUCUGUUAGUUUUCA